CAUCUACAAGAGAACUUAAAAUAUUUUUUAAGUACUGCAUGUUCUGUUACUCCUACGCGCGAAAUGUUUAUUAGAAUAUGUUGCUUUUGAUAGUACUUAUCUAACAGUGGGUAAAAUCUAUGAACACUUAAAUAUCACAUCAAAUGAAUUAUGAAUAUGUUUAGUGCUACUUGUUUGAGUUUCUUUAUUUUAUUGAUUGCCCUGAAUAUUGAAAUCACUCUAUCUCAAUACAACAAGCCGUGGGGUGAUAAAUAUGAAAAUAACAAGUGUCCAAAAUUGUAUCCAAAAAAUUUCGUUAAUUACAUUCCUGUAGGUAACUUGACUGCUGGAAAUUAUUCUGAAAAAAAUGGGCUUAAAGGCUUGAGACAAUGUGUGAUGGCAUGUUGUCUCAGUGAUACCUGCAAUAUCGUGUUCAUCGUGGACAGGAGGUGCUUCCAUGUGGAGUGCGUCAGUGAUGAGCUGUGCCUGCCUCUGCCAAGAGUAGGGAGCAGGAAGUGGGACGCUCAUGUGUCCAUGAUACUUGUAAAACCUGUGCUACCUAGUGAAAACUGGGCAGACAUCUUAGAUCAAUCAAGUUACAAUGAAGUAAACACAAACUUUUCACCAGAAGAAGAAAGUUUGUACUCUCCAUACACCAGUCAUAGAAAUGAUCUAAUGCCUGAAGAUGAUGACUCCAAUUUCCUCUCAAGGUUUAUCAACAAUUUGCCUUCCAUGGAAGAGGAUGAGAGAAAUUUUGAUAAAUACAGAGAUAACAAUGACAGUGAAAUGAUUAUGGAUGCAACUAGCUAUUUGGAAAAAGUCCCAUGUGAAGUGGGGGCUAGUGACUGUCCCUUCAAUGCUGAAUGUAUCCCUUUGGGUUUAAAACUUCGGAAUGGUAUUUGCAAAUGUAUACCGGGCACUGAAGAAAACUCUCAAGGGUCCUGUGUCCAAACAAUAAGACCAUUUGCUAAAGGGCCCACAAUACCUAUGGACUCCAUAAAAAAGAAUGAUGAGUUAAUACCUGAUCCUAAAAAUGAUGAUUUGAAAACUGAAAGCUCAACGCCAAAAGCAAUUCAGAAUUUAACUGUGUCAGUUUCAGAUAAAACGGUACAAUUACCGGAUAAUGAAGUAACUUUGGCAGCUUACACUAUUCCAGAUGAGAAAACAACAAAUAGUCAUUACAACUAUGCAUGGACAUUAGUUGACCAAUCUAAAGGGGGAUUUACAGGUAAUAUGAAGCAAGACGGUGCAACAGUGAAGCUGACAGAUCUCACAGAAGGCCAAUACAGGUUCAAGGUGACGGUGAAUGGCACCAACUCGUACGGCGAAGGGUUUGCGACGGUGACAGUGAAGCCGCCUCAAAGGAUUAACACGCCUCCAAUGGUGGUUAUCACUCCGCAGUCACAGACUGUCAAGCUGCCUAAUUCCGGGGCUGUGCUCGAUGGCAGUGCUAGCAAGGAUGAUGAUGCUAUAAUUUCCUGGCACUGGGAUCUGACGUCAGGGCCGAUCGGCUACCAACCGCCAUUGCAGGAUGGGCCCACGUUAGUGCUCAAAGACUUGAAACAGCCAGGCAACUACACUUUCAGACUGACGGUGGAAGACUCUGAUCAUGUCAAGAACUUCACUACAGCAAAUAUUACAGUGUUAAAUCAUACAGAUUAUCCCCCUGAAGCAAACGCAGGACAAGAUGUGAUAAUAUAUUUACCGAACAACAAACUGACGCUAAACGGGAGUUUAUCAACUGACGACCAUGAGAUCACAUCCUGGGAAUGGACUAAAUCGGUUGAGGAUGAAAACAAAGCUGUUGAUAUGCAGAAUACACACUCGCCCUAUUUACAGUUGUCAAACCUUUCGGAAGGCGUGUACACGUUCGUGCUAAAAGUAACGGACUCGUCUGGACAGUUUUCCACAGCGGACGUGCAUGUGUUUGUAAAACCGCCGACCAACACACCGCCCGUGGCUAACGCGGGAGCAGACGUGUUCAUAUCUCUCCCACAAACCUGGAUCACCCUGAACGGUUCGGCUUCGCACGACGACCACAGAAUCGUGGCUUACACCUGGCGCUGCCUGUCGGGACCCACUAACUCUAACAUUGUAAACUUUAACGAGUCCGUCGCCAACGCUACUGGUCUCACUAAAGGCCAGUACGUAUUCUCGCUCACCGUACUGGACGAUAAUGGGAAUUCGGCUUCUGAUAAUGUCACCGUUACUGUCACACAGAAUAAAAACAGCCCACCCAAAGCGAAUGCUGGCGGCGACCAAGUAUUGAACCUGCCGGUGCCAGUUCUGAUCCUAAACGGGUCGAAGUCUUCGGACGACUUCAGGAUAGUCUCGUGGAAGUGGACGAGAGCCGGCGCUGGGCUCGCCGCGGGGACUGUGAUACUCAAUUCUGAUACACAACCUGUGCUAAUGCUAACCAACAUAGAGCCUGGGAGAUACGUCUUCGAGUUGACAGUCACGGACGACCAAGGGGAAUCGGGUCGGGACACAGUUAGCGUCCAAGUCAAGCCCGACCCUCUAGAUAUGAACCUACUGGAGAUGACGCUGUUCACCCCCAUAUCUACGUUCACCCAGGGACAGCUAGACUCGCUAGUACAGAAGAUGACGUUGCUGUUGAAAGAUGACGUCAAAGUCAACGUGACCAGGGUCAAAGGACAAGUGGACUCUGGAAACACGCAGCUCAUAUUCUUUUUGUCUAAAGAGGGCAAACCUCUAGAAGGCACCAAAGCGCUCGCCCUAGCGCGUAUCGCGGCUACCGUAGAGGAAGGCGCGCACGUGCGCUCUUUUCUAUGUCUAAGCACGUGCUCAGGGCGUGGCGUGUGCGACCAGGCUACGAGGACGUGCCGCUGCGACGCUUUCUGGAUGCAGAGUUUAUUCAAUCAGUUGGGACCGUUAGGAGACGGCCAUCCGGACUGCGACUGGUCAGUGGUAUACGCCAGCCUGGGCGGGCUGGCUCUGCUGUGCGCGGCGGCGGCGCUGUGCUACGGCUGUGCGCGCGCCGCCUCGCGCCUGUGCGCGCCCCGCAAGCGCGCCGCCCGGCCCAAGUACCGCCUGCUGCCGCUGCAGGGCCACGAGGACACGCCGUUCGCGAACAAAGGCAUAUCGGAGAGCGAAACAGAUUCAGACGUGCUAUUCGAGUCGAAGGGCCAGUCCACGUCAUUCCUCACGCGAUCCAUGAACGGAGAACCACAAGGUAACAGUUGGAAGAAAAACGGACACUAUAAAAACAGCCGCAAAGUCAAAACGUAACUGGAAACAACACUGCCUUUGUUAUACAGUUUUCUUUGUGCAAUUCGCUAGUUAGCUGUUAGUGUGUAAAUGUCGCGUGCAAUUUGUAUACACUCGGUUGUAAAAUGUGUAGGGUAGGGUCAUGUUGCCUGUUCGCGACCAAACGACGGAUUAUCCCUUUAAUAAAAUAGAAAAUACUUAGAAAUGACACUUGUCAUACAUUCGGGUUUCUUUCUUUGUUCAUGCUUAUUUUUCUAUAUUCAUUACUGUUGUUUGGACGAGAACAAGCGACAUGACCCUAUUAUUUUAAGUUACUUAUGUUUGGUGAUUAUACCACGUUAAUACUUGAUAGUAUUACCGUGAUUAUACAGUUCUGUCGUAUUGUGGAACUGCCAAGAUUAUAAGAAAAAUGUGCAGUAAAACGUUAAUACACAAUUUUGCGCUUGAUUGUCCUGUUCAUCAGGGACUACUAACAAAUUAAGAUAUAGGUACACUCAUGUCCGAUAGUAAAAAAUCUACAACAUUGGUGCGCAAUUGUAUCUAUACAUUUGAUUUAUAAAACAAAAUGAAUAUCCCUAGAAAUAUCUAGUUUUACAUCGUAACUACUUUAGUGGUUUUAUGCCCGUUUUCACCAUCAAUUCCUAUUUUUUGAGUGACCCCUAUGAAAACAAAAUUCAUAGUGUUACCAUAGGGGUUACUUAAAAAUUAAGGAUUGAUGGUGAAAACGGGCAUUAGUGUAUUGAGUUUGCAUGUUUCAUAAUAUUCAAAGUAUAAAUCGAAUAAAUAUACUGACGAUGGAGAAUCAUUACAAGUAUUAUGUAUAAAAGUAACUUAUUUAAAUAUAUGUAUGACGUAUGUAUUAUGAACAUUACAUUGAACAUUGCUAGUGACGUUGAAGGUGUUAAUAGUGAUCAAAUCAACAUACUUUUUGUUUUGUAGAAGGUGUUGUUCCGUGAGUUAAUAGUAAUUAAAAUAUCAGCCUUCCACCAGUUAAAUAGGUAAUAAUUACUUGUGUAAAAUCUUACGAACUAAAAAUAUUGUGUGCAUUUUUUCAGCACAAACACAAGUGAUAUCGUAACAUACUUAAUAUAGAACAAGUUACCUGUAAUGAUAAUAAUAUUAUAGAAUUUUGCAUCAAUUUGUAAAGUCGAGGUCUGAUAGUAGUACAAUUAAGUGAAUAUCUCACGAAUCACAUGUGCCUGUUGUAAAGUAUUCGGCUAGUUGUAUUUUUCGGAUUGAACGUCGAAUAUGCUGUGAAGAACGUCAUCGCUUACAUUUUUUACAAUAUUGUAGACGAUAUUGAUUUCACGCACAAAAUAUAAAGUCAGUAGUAAGAUUAACACCGUUGAGCAUUAUUCUAAAUUAGAUCUAUAGUGAUUAUAUGUAUUGAUAGGUAAUUUAUAUCAAACUUACGAACAACGAGAUCGCUGCGUUUUGCUCCCUUUUUAUUGGUCUACAAGUAAGCAUUUUUGGGCGAGGUGAUUACAAAAUGAUGUAGCCUCCUUAGGAGCAAAAUAAAGGAUCGGGAACAAGCAAAAUCUGUAUACAGAAAGAUUAGUUUACUACAUACAAUAAGCAAGUUGUACUAGCCACGAAU